CCGCACACCACCGAACAACCAUCCCGACUGCCACGGCCGUCGACGACGAGUGACUGAGUCCUCCGAUUAUUAUCUCAUUUGCCGGCGCAACCAGCAGCACGCGUCGCCGCCGCACGGCGCGCUUUCCGACCGUACGGGAGAUCCAUAGAUCAUCCGCUGCGCAGACCGACCGUCGUCGUCGGAUCGUCGUGUCCGAACAGCAACUUCGACUUCGGGGACUCUGUCGCGUGUGCAGUUGCCGCAAUGACGACGACCACCGGCGAUCCGUCGACCCUGAAGACCCCGGCUUCCUUGUCGGGUGGCGAUCUGGUGUCCCGCCUGUUGGCGGCCACUCCCCCGUACUUGUACAACGUGCCGCUGACACCACACAGCUUCUUCUUCAGCGAAAUGCUGCGAUCCUUCGUACAAGCCAAGGCAGAGGCGCCGUCGGCCAGCGGCGGCGGAAGCGGCGGAGGAAGCGGCGGCGGUGGUAGCGGCGGUGCACCGAGUGCGUCCCGGCGUCGUAAGCGAUCCUGGCGAGACGCCCGGGACCGGCCGUUGGAGCUCACGACGAAGGAACGGCCGCAUCAUCAUCAUCACCAUCACCAGCACCCGGACAAGUACUUCCACACGGUGCAGCAGCCACCUCAAGGGGCGCCGGACGCUCGUCUGGAGAACGAGACGAAGCGUGCCGACGUUUACCCCGACGCGGAGAGCAAGGUCGCCGCUUACGAUCAGAAACCCAACUUUGGCACGGACAUCCUGAAGUCCAUCGACGAGAACAAGAACGAGUUUCCGCGGCAGCACGGCAAGAGCUUCUUCGACGAGCGGCCGCGGCACUUCGAGCAGGCGCAACCGCCGGAGAACAUCUUCCCUGGCGGGGAGCCGCGGAAGGUGAAGCCGGAGGAGUCACAGCAGCUCGAGCGUAGGAACUGUAACUUCGUCGACAACAGCAGGAGCUACGAGGAUCGCAAUGCGAAGAGCAUCGUGUCCAGCCAGCAGCAGCAAGAGGUACCAGUCGUGCAACUGCCGGACCAGAAAAAGCUGGACUUCUCGCGGGGUUUCCUGCCCGGUUUGCCAAGCGUUGCCAGAGGUUGCGAGAUCUUACAAGGCGUCAAGGGCUUCGCUCUGCCCGGCAACAUGCCCAGCGGGCCGGACUUCUUGCCGAGCCCGCUCUGGUACCCGCCGUACCCGAUGCCACAAUCUUACCCCGGCAUCGACCCCCUGCACUUCUUCAUCGACCUGCGUGUCUCAGGCCAUAUCUGGGAUCGCAAACAUAGCGAACGGCAGCUGCCUUUCAAGAGCAAGCAUUGCUCGGCCUUCAGCGUGCCGCAGCAGUCGAAGGAAUACAACGGCAAUCGACCCUUGAAUCUCACCCGGGACGAAGCUACAACGUCCAAGUGCCGCGGCGACGAGAACACGCGGGGUACCAAUUACAUCCUGAAGCAUCUCACGAAGACGUACAGGGACAUACAGCGGACAAGGGACGCGUCGUUGACGGAGAAUGAGGAAAACUCGAAGGAGUCGCACGAAGCUGGCGAUGAGGACAUCGCGAAGGCGGAGGACUCCGGCAGCGCGACGGCUGCCAGUCCCGAGGAAGAACGGAAGGACCUGCGCGCCCUGAUCGGCCUUGAAUUAGUGGUGGACUACGUGAAGGAGCCGAAGGGCGAUCCGCCAGCCGAGCAACAGACCUCGCAAGUAACGGAAUAACUCGCCAUGACACCGCGCGGACUCGCCAAGGGACGCAGCACGGUCUUUCCACCCUUUAAUCGCUAAGAUAGUCGUGUAGCGUCGUUAAUCGCAUCCCCCGUUCGACACCUCCAUGAAUUCUGCACUCGAUCGCGCCACCACCUCGCCGUAAUGUAGCACCCGACCUGACCUGAUCUGACCUGACCUGACCUGACCGACGAGUCGCGAGAUCGCGCACCGAAGGCCGACCUUCUCUUUUUCUUGCAGUGUGUAUGUGUAUGUAUAUGUGUGCACUUAAAAAAAAAUGGUCUUGCCGUCAUGACGAAAAUUAUCUAGACACGAGAAAUCUGCUGAGAUGAAUAAGUGGACUAGCAGCAAAGGACAAAGCAAACACUGCGAUGUCGCAUAUGUUUUAUGUUCAGUUAAUAUGGAUGACAGAAAUGCUAAGUCUAACGUGGCGCGAGAUCAGUAUGAUAUAAAGUUUAUAAAAAAGAUAGUCAAUCUUUUCUCCUCCAAAAGAUCUUGAGUCUCAUCAGAUGCGCACCUGCGUACACAUUGUGCAGCUUUAAGGAUAUUGAAAUGGCUACUGGUGAACUUCCACAUUUAAGAGUUCUACUAAAGAACUUUUUAUAAAGCAACUUAGCAUUUCUGAAGUGUCUCGUUUUUAAGUGUUUUCUUUGUUUUCAGUGAGAAGAAGUUACGAAACUAAACUAUGAUACAAGUAAUUAAAUAAUUGGAACAGAAUCGUCACUAACCGAAUUAUUACCAUGAAAAGUGACUCAUUUCCACCGCUUCAAGGUGAAUGCUGACUACUUUCCUACGAGUUUGGAGAAGCGGAUAAAAAUUCUACGUAAUUGCAUGUAAAUGCAACAGCCUAAUCGUAUUCAACAUCCUAAAAUAUGUAAGAUUACGUGUAUAACUUAUGUUAUAUUUUCUCAGCAAAAAUCGGUCCGUUUUAGUCAUCCUUCCCUGGCAGAUGCUGUUGGAAUUUUACGCACAAUUUUCUAGCAGAUACAUAAAACAGCGUUAAAUUAUAAUUGUGACAUUUAGUAUUCUAUCUGCACCAGCGAAACAUUUUUUUGAGUAUGAGAUACCCGUCGUGUCUUCGUAUGAUGAUCGUAAGCCGCCCCUUGCUUUCCGAUCAUGAUCGUCGCGUGAUUUUCUUUUAUUUUUUCCAAAGCGCGAACAUUUUCCCCACGGAGGAAGAAAGAGAGGGAGAGAGAAAGAGAUUGACCGCUACUCAUCGUAGAGUCUCGUAGAGCUUUGUCGCACCUUUACAUACGUCUUCGGAGACACCGUGUUUCGAACGUGUCGCAGUUAUUCGCCUUCUCAAAUCGACGGUCAAUAUUGUGUCAUCGCCGGCUCGUACAUCGAUUCUGUACAUUUAAACGCGCCGAGCGGCUCAGCCGGAGAGA